AAAACUUGAUGCCUGGAGCGAUUGGGCCGGCUUUCAAAUACCUGGAGUCGGUGGAGGCGCGGUGCCAGACGAGCGCUGGCAGGCGGCGUGCACCCACCUCCCCGGGAAGGAACGGCGAGGCCGGGGCUGCAGAGCGGCGCGGGGAUGGCGGGUCGGAGCGCGGCGGCGGCGGCGUGCGUGCUGCUGGCUUUCGCCUACUGCCUGGCGCCGGCCGCGGGCCAAAGUGGCCAAGGAUGUCGCAGUGAUGAAUUUCGCUGUGCAAAUGGACGCUGUGUAAAUGCAUCCUGGAGAUGUGAUCGAACCUCAGAUUGCUUGGAUGAUUCAGAUGAAUUUAACUGCACUGCCUCUUGCCAGCCAAAUGAGUUCCAUUGUGCUAACGGAAGGCAGUGCGUCCCGCGUCGCUGGGUGUGUGAUGAUGAUUCUGACUGUGAUGAUGGUUCAGACGAACAGCAUUGCUCUGGGAGAGUAUGCUCAACCCAUCAGAUGACAUGCUCUAAUGGGGAAUGUAUCCCGAAUACGUACAGGUGUGACCAUGUCAGAGACUGCUCAGAUGGAACUGAUGAGAGAGAUUGCCAAUAUGCACCGUGUGAUCAGCUUACUUGUGCCAACGGAGCCUGCUAUAACAAUACUCAGAAAUGUGACGGGAAAGUUGAUUGCAGGGACUCCUCCGAUGAAUACAACUGCACUAAUGUGUGCUUGCAGAACGAAUUUCAGUGUGGUGGUGGAGAGUGCCUACCUCGUGUUUAUGUCUGUGACCAUAAGUCAGAUUGUGACGACGGCAGUGAUGAACUUUCUUGCGACUAUCAGCCCUGCAGUGGCAAUCAGUUCACUUGCCCCAACAGCUUCUGCAUUCAUCAGGAUGCGGUUUGUGACGGCUACGCUGACUGUAGAGAUAGUGCAGAUGAAGAUGGAUGUGAAAACACCUCUCAUACUCAGAACUGUUACCCAAGUGAAUGGGCUUGUCCACAGUCUGGAAAAUGCAUCCCAAUUGAAAAGAUCUGUGAUGGAAUUAUAGACUGUCCAGCAGGAGAAGAUGAAACCAAUACCACAGAAGGAAGACAUUGUAAUGACACUUUGUGUGUUACCUUGGCCUGUGAGUUUUAUUGCCACAAGACCCCAUAUGGAGGAGAGUGUUACUGUCCUCCAGGUUUUGUUGUUGACCCAAAUAACACCCACAACUGUGUUGAUUUUGAUGAUUGCCAGGUAUGGGGAGUUUGUGACCAGGUAUGUGAAGACCGAUACGGCCAUCACAAGUGCCACUGUGCAGAAGGGUAUCUCCUGGAGAAUGAGCGUCACUGCAAAGCUAAUGCUUCCUUUGAUGAGCCCUCCCUUAUCUUUGCCAAUGGUCAAGAUGUGCUCAUUGGUGAUAUUCAUGGAAGAGCUAUAGAUAGACUGGUACCAGCUCAAACUAAAGGAUUGGCAGUGGGUGUGGAUUUUCAUUAUCGUCUGCAAAGAGUCUUUUGGACGGACAUCAGGAAACAUAAGGUUUUUUCAGUUUCCAUUAAUGGUUCACAUCUACAAGAAGUCCUUAAUGUUUCUGUUGAUAAACCAGAGAAUCUGGCUGUGGACUGGAUUAAUAAUAAACUUUAUGUAGUAGAGACCAGGGCUAGUCGAAUAGAAAUAACAAAUUUGGAUGGAAGUUCCCGGGUUGUCUUGAUAAGUGAAAACUUGGGAAAUCCUAGAGGAAUUGCUGUGGACCCAACUGUUGGUUACUUAUUUUUCUCAGACUGGGAGAGUCUUUCUGGACAAUCUAAGGUAGAAAGGGCUUUCAUGGAUGGCACCAACCGUAAAGACUUAGUAAAAACAAAGCUGGGUUGGCCAGCUGGGAUAACUCUGGACAUAGUAAACAAGCGUGUUUACUGGGUUGACUACCGGUUUGAUUACAUUGACACUGUAACUUAUGAUGGAACUCAGAGGAAGACAGUAGUCAGUGGGGGCUCACGGGUUCCUCAUCCCUUUGGAUUAAGUUUGUUUGAAGAUCUUGUGUUCUAUACUGAUUGGACAAAGAUGGCUGUACUGAAGGCAAGCAAAUUUACAGAGACCAGUCCAAAAACAGUCUACCAGUUUUCCGUAAGGCCCUUUGGAGUGACUGUUUACCAUUCUCUUAGGCAGCCCUAUGUUCGAAAUCCAUGUGGAGAUAACAAUGGGGGCUGUGAGCAGGUCUGUGUCCUCAGCCACAGAACAGAUAAUGAUGGUUUGGGUUACCGAUGCAAAUGCACCAUAGGCUUUGUCUUGGAUGCGGAUGGCCGCCGCUGCAGUGCUGUUAAGCAGUUCCUACUCUUCUCAUCUGAAGCAACUGUUCGUGGAAUCCCGUUUUCUGUCUCUACUCAAGAAGAUGUCAUAUUGCCAGUGACAGGAACUCCCUCUUCCUUUGUUGGGAUUGAUUUUGAUGCCCAGGAGAACACUAUCUUUUAUUCAGAUACAUUAAAAAACAUGAUUUUUAAACAAAAGAUUGAUGGCACAGGAAUAGAACUUCUCACAGCUAACAAAGUGGAGGGUGUUGAAAGUUUGGCUUUUGACUGGAUUUCAAAGAAUCUCUAUUGGGCAGAUGGUUCCUACAAGAGUAUCAGUGUCAUGAGGCUAGCUGAUAAAUCAAGACGCCAGAUAAUUCAGAAUAUAAAUUUCCCACGAUCAAUUGUGGUUCAUCCUAAUUAUGGGUAUAUAUUCUUCACAGAUUGGCUCCGUCCUGCCAAAAUUAUGAGAGCAUGGUGUGAUGGAUCUCACCUUAUGCCCAUAGUAAACACCACUCUUGGGUGGCCCAAUGGGUUGGCCAUUGAUUGGAGUGCUUCGCGAUUAUACUGGACAGAUGCCUUUUUUGAUAAAAUUGAGCACAGCACCUUUGAUGGUUUAUAUAGGAGAACGCUGAACCAUAUACCACAGAUGACAAAUCCAUUUGGACUUACUGUACAUCAAGAAUAUGUGUAUUUUACUGACUGGAGACUGAAAGCUAUUGUUCGAGUUAGAAAAAGCAAUGGUGGAGAGAGGACAGUUAUCCGAAGUGGCAUCAGAAGCAUAAAGCUUGUGAAAUCUUAUGAUGCCACCGUCCAGACUGGCUCUAAUCAAUGUAGUCAACCCACCCAUCCAAACGGCGACUGUAGCCACUUCUGCUUUCCAGUGCCAAACUACCAGAGGGUGUGUGGUUGCCCCUAUGGAAUGAAGCUGUCUUCCAAUCACUUGACAUGUGUAGAAAACCAUUCUGAAGAACCACCCAUGGAACUAUGUGGCUCCUUGUCCUUCAUCUGUAAUAACAGCAAAUGUGUGCCUAGUUUCUUCCGCUGUGAUGGAACUGAUGACUGUCAUGAUAAUAGCGAUGAACAGCUAUGUGGUACAUUUAAUAAUUCUUGUUCAUCGUCGGCAUUCACCUGUGGGCAUGGAGGAGGGUGUAUUCCUGCAAAAUGGCGCUGCGACAAAGAGAAUGACUGCGCGGACGGCAGCGAUGAAGAAGACUGUCCCACACAAGCACACAUCACCUGUUCUGCACCCUUGUACACAUGUAAUAAUAGCCGAUGUAUCCCAAGGAGUUGGCUCUGUGAUACGGAUAAUGAUUGUGGUGAUGGAUCUGAUGAGAACAACUGCAACCCUGAGGAGACAUGUUUGCCCAGUCAGUUUCGUUGCCCUGAUCAUCGAUGUAUUUCCAUGUCUUUUGUGUGUGAUGGGGACAAGGACUGUAUUGAUGGAUCUGAUGAGAAUGGUUGUGUAAUUAAUUGCACUACUUUUCAAUUCAAAUGUGCCUCUGGAGAUCAGUGUAUUGCCAACAUGUAUCGUUGUGACGGUGUUUUUGACUGCAAUGACAACUCUGAUGAGAUAAACUGUCCCUCUAGGCCUCCUGGUAUGUGCCACCAAGGUGAAUUUCAGUGCCAGGAUGGUGUCUGUAUCCCAGGGAGCUGGGAGUGUGAUGGGCACAGAGACUGCACCUCUGGAUCUGAUGAGCACCAGGGCUGUGCAGCCAGAACCUGUCUUCCAUCAUAUUUUCAAUGUGGCAAUGGACACUGCAUUAGCAGAGAGUGGAUCUGUGAUGGGGACAAUGACUGCGGGGAUAUGAGCGAUGAGAACGACUGUCCUACUCGGGCCUUUCAGUGUCCUAGCUGGCAGUGGCACUGCAUUGGCUAUAACAUCUGUGUGAAUAUGAGUAACGUGUGUAAUGGCGUCCCUGACUGCCCCAGUGGGGUAGAUGAGUCCCCACUUUGCAACCAGGAUAGCUGCUCAGAUUCCAAUGGUGGUUGUACCCAUGAAUGUGUUCAAGGACCCUAUGGGGCUCAGUGCCUAUGUCCAUCUGGCUAUUCGCUUGCCAAUGAUUCUAAGACCUGUGAAGACAUCAAUGAAUGUGAUAUUCCUAGCUUUUGUAGUCAGCACUGUUACAAUACAAGAGGUUCUUUUCGAUGCUGGUGUGAUAAAGAAUACACUCUUGACAUUGAUGGAAAGACUUGCAAAGUUACAGCACCUGAAGGUCUGUUGUUACUUGUGGCGAAUCAGAACCAAAUUGUUGCUGACAACAUCACCUCCCAGAUGCAUCAUAUCUCUUCACCUAUCCUCCAAGGUUCUCACAUUGUAGCUCUUGAUUUUGACUCAGUCAGAAAUCGUGUGUUUUGGUCUGAUGGAACUCAGGGUAAAAUCUGGAGUGCAUUUCAAAAUGGAACAGACAGUAAAGUAGUGCUCGAAACUCGUGUCACUAUGACUCAAAGUAUUGCCGUGGAUUGGAUCGGUCGCAAUCUUUACUGGACAGACUAUGCUCUGGAGACCAUUGAAGUUUCAAAUCUGGAGGGAGAACACAGAACUGUACUGAUUAGUAGCAACCUUUCCUAUCCAAGGGGACUAGCUUUGGAUCCCAGAACUAAUGACCAUCUGAUGUUCUGGUCUCAGGGGGGCCAGCAUCCUCAUAUUGAGAGAGCCAGCAUGGAUGGUAGCAUGAGGACUAUCAUUGUCGAAGACAAGAUUUUCUGGCCCACUGGUCUAACUAUUGACUACCCCAACAGACUGAUCUACUUCAUGGAUGGCUAUCUUGAUUAUAUAGAUUUUUGCAAUUAUAAUGGGCACCAUAGGAAACAGGUGGUAGCCAGUGACUUGAUUCUGCAGCACCCUUAUGCCCUAACCCUUUUUGAAGAUUCUAUGUACUGGACUGACCCCAGCACUCAAAGGGUUCUGCAAGCCAAUAAGUGGCAUGGGGGGAACCAGUCAGUUAUAAUUAAUGAUUUGCGGCGGCCCCUUGGGAUUGUGGCGGUUCAUCCUGUGAAACAACCUGCUGCCAUAAAUACAUGUGCCGGGGCCUCCUGUAGCCAUCUGUGCCUGCUUUCUUCACAGAGACCACGGCUCUACUCCUGCGCUUGUCCUUCAGGAUGGACUUUAUCUCAAGAUUCUGUGACCUGUGUGAGAGGUGAUGAACCUUUCUUAAUAACUGUAAGAUACAGUAUGAUUUUUGGAAUCUCUCUGAAUCCUGAGGUAAAGAGCAACGAUGCUAUGGUUCCCAUAUCAGGGAUACAGAAUGCUUACGAUGUCGACUUCGAUGAAUCAGAACAAUUCAUCUAUUGGGCUGAGCAUCCAGGUUUAAUUCACAGAAUAAAGACGGAUGGCACCAACAGGACAGUGGUUGCUCCUCUAACUACUUUGUGGUCUUCUAUGAGCCUGGCUUUAGACUGGAUUUCCAAAAACCUUUUUUACACUAAUGCUGCAACCAAAUCAAUUGAGGUUUUGACAGUCCGUGGAGAUGUCAGAUUCAAAAAAACAAUUAUUACCAAUGAUGGGACACCUCUUGGGGUUGGUUUUCCAAUUGGCAUAGUUGUUGACCCUGUCAAAGGGAAAAUAUACUGGUCAGACCAGGGAACUGACAGUGGGGUUCCUGCUAAGAUUGCAAGUGCUUACAUGGAUGGAACGUCUUCGGAAAUUCUCUUCUCUGGGGAACUUGAACACUUAGAGUUUAUCACUCUUGACAUUGAGGAGCAGAAGCUUUAUUGGGCAGUCACUAGCAGAGGAGUGAUUGAAAGAGGAAAUGUUGAUGGUACAAGUAGAAUGAUCUUGGUAAACCAUCUUUCCCACCCCUGGGGAAUCUAUGUUUAUGGCCCUUACCUUUAUUAUACUGAUGGAGACUAUGAGGUCAUUGAAAGAGUUGACAAGGCCACUGGGGACAACAAAGUAAUCUUGAGAGAUAACAUUCCAAAUCUGAGAUGCCUUCGGGUUUAUCACAGACGACAAGUUACUGCUGGAUCUUCAAAUGGCUGUAGCAAUAAUGCUAAUGCCUGUGAGCAAAUUUGCCUGCCUAAACCCGAAGGCCUGUUCACCUGUGCCUGUGCGUCUGGAUUCAAACUCAAUCCUGAUCAGCGGACCUGCUCUCAACACAAUUCCUUUAUUGUUGUCUCCAUGCUGUCUGCAAUCAGAGGUUACAGCCUAGAACUGUCAGAUCACUCAGAGGCAAUGGUGCCAGUGGCAGGCCCAGGACGAAAUGCACUGCAUGUGGAUGUUGACGUAUCUUCUGGCUUUAUAUACUGGUGUGAUUUUAGCAGCUCUGUGCAAUCGUACAAUGCAAUCCGUAGAAUCAAACCAGAUGGGUCUGCAUUUACAAACAUCACUACAGAUGGGAUAGGAGGCAAUGGAGUACAGGGCAUUGCAGUGGACUGGGUAGCUGGAAAUCUCUAUUUUACCAAUGCUUUUUUGUCAGAAACACUGAUAGAAGUGAUUAGGAUCAAUACCACCUACCGCCGUGUUCUCCUAAAAUCUACAAUGGAUAUGCCCAGGGCUAUUGCUGUAGACCCAAAGAACAGAUACCUUUUCUGGGUUGACUAUGGACAAAACCCAAAGAUUGAAUAUUCUUUUCUCGACUGUACCAAUCGGACUGUGCUUGUGUCAGAAGGAAUUGUCACACCCCAGGGCUUGGCAGUGGACCACAGCGAUGGCUAUAUUUAUUGGGUUGAUGAUUCUUUAGAUAUGAUUGCAAGGAUUAAUAAUAUUGGGGAGAAACCUGAAGUGCUUUAUUAUGGUAGUCGUUACCCAACUCCUUAUGGCAUCACUGUUUUUGGAAAUUCUAUUAUAUGGGUAGAUAGGAAUUUACAAAAAAUCUUCCAAGCGAGCAAGGAUCCAGGAAACACAGGGUCACCAACAGUGAUAAGAGACAAUAUCAACUGGUUAAGAGAUGUGACCAUCUUUGAUCAGAGUGUCCAGCCUCGGUCACCAGCAGAGGUCAACUAUAAUCCUUGUUUAGAAAAUAAUGGUGGGUGUUCUCAUUUCUGCUUUGCUUUGCCUGGAUUGAGCACCGCAAAAUGUGUCUGUGCCUUUGGAACCCUGGGAGCUGAUGGCAAGAGCUGUCGCAUUCCUACAGAAAAUUUCUUUGUGUUUGCCUUGAAUGACUCCUUGAGAAGUUUGCACAUAAAUCCAGAAGAACAUAGCCCACCUUUACAUUCAAUAAGUGUGGGAAAAAAUAUAUUGGCCCUGGACUAUGACAGCAGAAAUAAUAGAGUGUACUUCACACAUCCUCUAGAGGCUGGAGUUGGCCAGAUUUCCUAUAUUAGCUUGAAUCCAGGAUUCAAUUCCCCCACUGCCCUUGUUUCAGAUAUAGGUGUUUCUUUUGGCAUCGCUUUUGACUGGAUUAAUGGAAGAAUUUAUUACAGUGACAUCAAAAACCAGACUAUUAAUUCUAUGGCCUUGGAUGGCUCUUCACGCAGUGUGGUAGCCCGUGUUACAAAUCCAAGAGCAAUUGUAUUAGAUCCUUGCCGAGGGUACAUGUACUGGAUUGACUGGAGUAAUAGUGCUAAAAUUGAGAGAGCCACACUGGGAGGAAACUUCCGGGAGCCCAUUGUGAACACUAGCCUGGUCCGGCCCAGUGCACUGGCUCUGGACCAUGAGGAAGAUCUUCUCUACUGGGCAGAUGCUAGUCUGCAGAAGAUUGAAUCUAGCAAUCUAAUUGGCAAGGAGCGCAAAGUCAUUGUCAGCACGGUCUUUCAACCUUCUGGCUUAACUGUUCAUGGGCAGCAUAUUUACUGGACUGACUGGCUCACGCGAAGAAUUUACCGAGCUAAUAAAUAUGAUGGGUCUGGUGUGAUUGCCAUGACUGUGCAAUUUUCCGCCCAGCCCUCAGAUAUUCGAAUGGUUAUGAAGAAUCAGCAACAGCAUUGUAGCAAUCCUUGUGAUCAGUAUAAUGGAGGCUGCAGCCAUAUUUGUGUACCAGGACCACAAGGUGCUGAAUGCCAGUGUCCGCAUGAGGGUCGCUGGUAUUUGGCCAACAACAAUAAACACUGCAUCAUGGACAAUGGUACACGGUGCGAUACGUCAAAAUUCACCUGCUCCAAUGGACGCUGCAUUUUGAAACAUUGGAUAUGUGACAAUGACAAUGACUGUGGUGAUGGCAGUGAUGAGACAGAAAUUAUAUGUGCACUGCAUACCUGUUCUCCAACGGCCUUCACUUGUGCCAACGGGCGGUGUGUCCGAUAUAAUUCUCGCUGUGAUCACUAUAAUGACUGUGGUGACAACAGUGAUGAAGAAGGAUGCCUGUUCAGAAGCUGUAAUGCAACCUCAGAAUUUACUUGUGGUAAUAGCAAAUGCAUACCUCUUCGCUUGGUAUGCAAUGGUGUGAACAACUGCCAGGAUAAUGAUACAUCCGAUGAGAAAAACUGUCCUGAUUACACGUGCCAACCUGGCUACAUAAAAUGUCAAACUUCAACUAUGUGUGUUUCUCGCCUCUACUUGUGUGAUGGAGACAAUGACUGUGGAGAUAUGAGUGAUGAAAGCCCCAUUUUCUGCUCCACUCAGACAUGCACCAAUGAUCAGUUUCGCUGCUCAAAUGGCCGGUGUAUUCCUCGCAGUUGGUACUGUGAUAAAGACAGAGAUUGUCUCGAUGGCUCCGAUGAACCUCAGACUUGUGGGAGCCGCCAGGAGGUAGAGUGCUCAAGUAAUCAGUUCAAGUGUGAUAAUGAGAGAUGCGUCCAAAAUGAAUGGAUCUGUGAUGGUGAUAAUGACUGCGGCGACAUGAGCGAUGAGGAUGAAAGGCACCAGUGUGCGAAUUACACCUGUCCAAGUUCUUCGUUUCUCUGUGCAAACAGUGUGCCUCCAUCCAGGAGGUGCAUUCCUUGGUCUUGGGUUUGUGACGGUGAUGCAGAUUGUUCUGAUGGCUAUGAUGAAGUUCAGAAUUGUACCAGAAGAGCUUGUUAUGAGCAUGAAUUCAACUGCAGUAAUGGACGGUGUGUCCCAAAUACAUACAGGUGUGACCGCCGCAAUGACUGUGGUGACUACAGUGAUGAGAGGGACUGCUCAUACCGAACCUGCAGUGCUAAUGAAUUUACCUGUCAGAAUGGAGUGUGCAUUUCCAAGGCCUUCAUCUGUGAUAAAGAUAAUGACUGUGGAGAUGAAUCUGAUGAGCUGGAACACCUCUGUCGCACCCCAGGUGUCACUUGUCCACCCCAUCAGUUCAAGUGUACCAAUGGGAAUUGCAUUGAGAUGGUGAAAGUUUGUAACCACGUAGACGACUGUUUAGACAAUAGUGAUGAAAAAGGCUGUGGUGUUAACGAGUGUAAUGACCCUUUACUCAGCGGCUGUGACCAAAAUUGCACAGACACACUCACAAGUUUUUAUUGUUCUUGUCGUCCCGGUUACAAACUUCUGUCCGAUAACCGGAGCUGUGAUGAUAUUGAUGAAUGUAAGGAGACACCCUCUGUCUGUACUCAGAUAUGUGAGAACACACUGGGCUCCUACAUCUGUAAGUGUGCCCCUGGCUACAUUCGAGAACCUGAUGGGAAGACCUGCCGGCUGAACAGUAACAUCAAGCCCUACCUCAUUUUUAGCAACAGAUACUAUUUGAGAAAUCUGACUACAGAUGGCAGUUUUUACUCCCUCAUUUUGCAAGGACUGGGAAAUGUUGUUGCAUUGGACUUUGACAAAGUAGAAAAGAGAUUGUACUGGAUUGAUGAAGAGAAAAAAAUCAUUGAGAGAAUGUUUUUGAAUAAGACAAAUAGGGAGACUGUCAUAAGACACAAUUUACCAGCUGCAGAAAGUCUGGCAGUAGACUGGGUUGGCAGAAAACUGUAUUGGGUGGAUGCUUAUCUGAAGUGUCUUUCUGUCUCCGACCUUAAUGGUGGAAAUCGUCGCAAGCUGGCUGAGCACUGUGUAGAUGCCAACAACACCUUUUGCUUUGAAAAUCCCAGAGGAAUUGUCCUUCACCCACAAUAUGGAUAUGUCUACUGGGCAGACUGGGCAUAUCGAGCAUACAUUGCAAGAAUAGGUAUGGAUGGAACGAACAAGUCUGUGAUUAUCUCUACCAAGCUGGAAUGGCCCAAUGGCAUUACCAUUGAUUACACCACUGAUCUGCUCUACUGGACAGAUGCUCACCUGGGUUACAUUGAGUACUCUGAUUUGGAGGGCCGCCAUCGGCACACCGUCUAUGACAGGGUCUUACCUCACCCCUUUGCUAUCACCAUUUUUGGAGACACUGUUUAUUGGACUGACUGGAAUACAAAGACAGUUGAAAAAGGAAACAAAUAUGAUGGAUCACAGAGAGAGGUGCUGGUGAAUACAACACACAAACCAUAUGAUAUUCAUGUGUAUCACCCAUACAGACAGCCAACUGUGAACAAUCCCUGUGGGAGAAACAAUGGUGGCUGCUCUCAUCUCUGCCUCAUCAAAGCAGGAGGAAGAGGUUUCACUUGUGAAUGUCCAGAUUACUUCCGCACCAUUAAUGCUAAUGGGAGGAACACCUGUCUGCCUAUGUGCUCCAGCACACAAUUCCUGUGUGCUAACAAUGAAAAGUGUAUUCCUAUCUGGUGGAGAUGUGAUGGGCAGAAAGACUGCUCAGAUGGCUCUGAUGAACCUACCACUUGUCCACAGCGUUUCUGCAGGUUGGGACAGUUUCAGUGCAAAGAUAACAACUGCACCUCCCCACAGACCUUGUGCAAUUCUCAACGAGACUGCCCUGAUGGCUCUGAUGAAGAUCAUGAUCUUUGUGAGAAUCACAGAUGUGAGUCCAAUCAGUGGCAGUGUGCCAACAAGCGUUGCAUCCCAGAAUCCUGGCAGUGUGACUCAGAGAAUGACUGUGGGGAUAACUCAGACGAAGAGAGUUCUCACUGUGCCAGCAGGGUCUGCCAGCCAGGCUAUUUUAAGUGUGCAAAUGGCCGCUGCAUUCCUCUCUCCUGGAAGUGUGACGUAGACAAUGACUGUGGAGACUACUCAGAUGAGCCCAUCAGAGAAUGCAUGAGCGCUGCCUAUCGCUGUGAUAACCACACGGAAUUCAGCUGUAGAACUAACUACCGUUGCAUCCCACAGUGGGCUGUGUGCAAUGGCAUGGAUGACUGCAGGGACAACAGUGACGAACAAGGCUGUGAGGAGAGGACCUGCAAACCUUCAGGGGAGUUCCGCUGUAGGAAUCACCACUGCAUUCCUCUUCGUUGGAAAUGUGAUGGGCACAAUGACUGUGGAGAUAGCUCUGAUGAAGAAAACUGUGUGCCACGGCAGUGCACAGAGAGCGAAUUUCGAUGCAGUGACCAGAGCUGCAUUCCGUCUCGAUGGAUCUGUGACCACAACAAUGACUGUGGAGAUAACUCCGAUGAACGGGACUGUGAGAUGAGGACCUGCCUGCCUGGGUAUUUUCAGUGUGCAAGUGGCCACUGUAUCUCUGACCAUUUGAGGUGUGAUGGUGCCACAGAUUGUGCUGAUUUCUCUGAUGAAACCUCUUGUCCCACUCGAUUUCCUGACGGUAGAUACUGUGCACAGACUAUGUUUGAAUGUAAAAACCAUCUUUGUAUUCGUCAGUCUUGGAUUUGUGAUGGAGAUAAUGACUGUGGCGAUGGUUCAGAUGAAGAACUUCACUUGUGCUCUUCUGUUCAGUGUGAGGAGAACCGUUUCCAGUGUGACAACCACCGCUGUAUUUACAGUCAUGAGGUGUGCAACAAUGUUGAUGACUGCGGAGAUGGAAGUGAUGAGAGGCAUGAGCUCUGUGUACCUUCGACGCCAAGACCUUGUAGAGAAGAUGAGUUUAAAUGUAGCAAUGGACGUUGCAUCUCGCAGCAUCUGGUAUGCGAUGACUCUGAUGACUGUGGGGACCAUUUUGAUGAAACAGGUUGCAAUUCAGGAAAAGAGAGAACGUGUGCUGAAAAUCUGUGUGAACAUAACUGUACCCAGUUACCUGAAGGAGGAUUUAUUUGCUCCUGUAGACCUGGGUUCAAAGCUAAUGCUUCGGAUAGAAACUCCUGUGAUGAUGUCAAUGAAUGUGAGAAUUUUGGAGUUUGUCCCCAGAUCUGCCAAAAUACCAAAGGGAGCUAUGAGUGUGCCUGUGCCGAAGGCUUCAGGUCAAUGAGUGACCGCUAUGGACUACGGUGUGCCGCUGAUGGUAACCCUCCUGUGUUACUCCUGCCAGAAAAAGUACGAAUUCGAAAAUAUAACCUCUCAUCUGAGAAGUUUUCAGAUUAUCUUGAAAACAAAGAACAUAUUCAGGCUAUUGAUUAUGACUGGAAUCCUGAUGGUACUGACCUCAGUGUCAUAUAUUACACUGUGCUAGGACAGGGCUCUAAUUUUGGUGCUAUCAAACGUGCCUACCUCCCUAACUUUGAAUCUGGCACCAAUAAUCCAGUAGAGGAAGUUGACCUGGGUCUGAAGUACAUACUGCAGCCAGAUGGAUUGGCAGUGGACUGGGUUGGAAGGCAUAUUUAUUGGUCAGAUGCCAAGAGUCAACGAAUUGAAGUGGCUAAACUUGAUGGAAGGUACAGAAAGUGGCUGAUUUUCACUGAACUAGAUCAACCGGCUGCAGUGGUUGUAAAUCCCAAACUUGGGCUUCUGUACUGGACUGACUGGGGCAAACAACCUAAAAUCGAGUCUGCCUGGAUGGACGGGCAACAUCGAACUGUCCUGGUUCAAGAAGGCCUUGGUUGGCCAACUGGUCUUACCAUCGAUUAUUUGAACCAUGAUCGGAUCUACUGGAGUGACUACAAGGAAAACACGAUUGAAACCAUAAAAUACGAUGGGAGUGACCGGAGAAUUGUUACAUAUUCAGCAAUGAGUCCUUAUAGUCUGGACAUCUUCGAGAGCCACUUAUACUGGGUAUCAAAGGAGAAGGGAGAAGUAUGGAAGAAAGAUAAAUUUGGGAAAGAAGAGAAUGAGAGACUGCUGGUAGUGAAUCCUUGGCUCACUCAAGUUCGAAUAUUUCAUCAGCAUAGAUAUAAUCUGUCAGUGUCCAACCCCUGUAAAAAUGUCUGCAGUCACCUCUGUCUUCUGAGACCUGGAGGGUAUAGCUGUGCCUGUCCUCAAGGAUCCACCUUUACAACAGGGAGUAUCACUGAGUGUGAUGCAGCCAUCGAAAGUGCUAUCAGCAUGUCCCCCCCAUGCAGGUGUAUGCACGGAGGAAAUUGCUAUUUUGAUGAGAAUGAUCUCCCCAAAUGCAAGUGUCCUAUUGGCUACACAGGAGAGUAUUGUGAAAUAGGGCUUUCACAAGGCAUUCCUCCAGGAACAACUAUGGCUGUGCUGUUGACACUCCUCCUGAUCAUCAUUAUUGUAGUCUUGGCAGCAUUUGGAUUUUUCCACUAUAGAAAAACUGGGUCCCUUUUGCCUUCUCUGCCCAAACUGCCAAGCUUAAGUAGUCUUACUAAAUCCCCUGAAAAUGGAAACGGGGUGACCUUCAGAUCAGGGGAUGAUGUCAACAUGGAUAUUGGAAUUUCUGGCUUUGGGCCUGAAUCAGUUAUUGACACCUCCAUUGUGUUGAGUGAUCACUUUGCCAUGGAAAUGGGGAAGCAGCCUAUAAUAUUUGAGAACCCAAUGUAUGCAUCCAGGGAUAGUACUGUCACGGUGACUCAGCCAACCCAGAUAACACCAUCUGAGAAUGUGGAUAACAAGAACUAUGGUAUUCCCAUAAACCCUUCUGAGUUGACUCCGGACGAAAAGCCAACUUCUCCAAGUGCAGAUGAAACUCAGGCCACAAAAUGGAACAUCUUCAAACGAAAACCAAAGCUAACCACCAAUUUUGAAAAUCCAACUUAUGCAGAGAUGGGAAAUGACCCAAGGGACAGUGCUGCAGAAGGCCCACAAUCACCUCUUCCUGAUUCAGCUAAAAUCUCUCCAAAAAGAGACCCAACCCCAUCCUAUUCUGCAACAGAAGACACUUUCAAAGACACAGCGAACCUUGUUAGGGAAGACUCUGAUGUAUAGCCACCCUCACUAUUUAGGGACUAACUGAAAAAAUCUACUUUUUGCACAUAUAUUUUUUACAAACAGAUGAAAGAAAGUUAACAUUCAUACAUUAUAAAAAUAUUUUCCCCAGUUUAUUUGUGGUUGCAAAUGUCUGUGGAAACUAUGUCUUCAUUUUUUCUUCUAUUCUUUGUUUCUUAUGCCGUCCCAUAUUUUUACAAUAUGUACUAUAUGUAUAUCUUUGCACUGGAGCUUUCUGAAGGCAGUGCUAUCAAUAUCUUGUACAUUUGUAAAUUUUGGAACAAUUAUCACAUCACUGAAUUUGCUAUGUAGCUGCUUGAUGUGUUGGGCAAUCAUCACAGUGAAAGAUCCAAUUAAAGAGAGAAAGUGACUUGAGGCCUGAGGUCAUAUCUAAGCAAGAGGCACGACUCACAUUCCUUGUGGAAUUAAUCAGGGGAGAAAUUCAGCCCCAUUCUAAGCCCAUUUUCACAUACCAACACUUACUUAAGGCUGAAUUUCACAUAUAAUUUAAUGAGCAAGUGUAUUGAUAAAGGGCAAUGUGUGUUAUGUAGACAUCUGGAUUUAGCAGAUGUCUCAGAUAAUGUAGAAUGUAGAAGAGGAGGAGGGGGGAGGAGGAGGAAGAAGAAGAGGAAGAAGGAGGAGGAAGAGGAGGAGGAGAAGGAGACAAAAACAAGAACAAGAAGAAAGCAAUUCCCACUCAGCCUUCUGCCUUUGCCUUGCCUUUUCCAACUGGAAUGUUCUAUUGCAUAGUGUUAUCUUACUAGUUGCCAAGCCAAACAUACUUGCAUGUAAUGCUGUGAGAGUAUUUUCAGAAAGUGCAAAUCGUCUGUGGAAAGUUUGUGUCGACUUGAAUGAACUCUUUUACCUGAUGGGACAUAAGACAAUGUAUGUCCUUCCUAGCGGGGCACCUCAGGCAGUCACCUGCCGCUAGGAACCGAAGCUCAGUAGCUGAAUUCCUAGAGCCAAAUCUGUGUUCUCAUGAAGGUGCAAAACAAAAACUUUAAGCAAAGUUUCAACUGGGUUUUUUGUUUCUCUGUGUGAAAAUACCAUUGUAAUGACUGUUUAUCUCCUAAAUUGAGCAUUAAUAGAAAGGGAAACCAUUCUUAUUGAGCCUUUUAAUUUACUUUGACUAAAUAUAUUUGUAUCCGAAUGUACUGUCAAGCCUAUCUUUUCUCUUAUAUAGUUGAUAUAGUCUCCACAACUGGAACCAUGGCAGGAAUAUACAACUUGAUACUAAGUAGCAUUCUUGACUGUGCAGUCAUUGCACAUUUUACAAACAAUGAAUGGAUGGGUGGAUGAGUGGAUGGAUGGAAGGAUGGAUGGAUAGAUGUAUAAUAUACUACUGAUUAUUUUAUUCCUGUUAUCAAAAAUAUUUUUGUUUGUAUUUUGAGGACUUAUUUUAAUUACUUUGAAAUGUACUUUGAUUAGAAAAACAAAUUGAAAUGAUGCUGCUGAAAAAUUUCUAAUAAAUGUGUAUUUUAUCAGA